UGAUUACAUCAUCUAAUUCUUCAUGUAGAUAAACAAACAUAAUUAUGUAAUUGUUUAGGCAAAAUAUCGAUAAUUCCUUCUAACAAUCAAUAUGAAAAUAUGGGACUCGUUUUUGGGUUUAGAAUGUGCAUGUAUAUGUCUUGUAAUUGGUAGCUACUUGUACUCCUUUUGUGUUUCAAAAAAGAAAACAAUUUCCCUCCCUUAUGGACCGAAAUCUGAGGAGAGAACGGUAAAGAUUCAUACCAUUCUUGUAGAAGAACGCUUGUUUGUAAACUUGGUCGUUGAUUCUCCAGGUAUGACUUCCACUCUAAUUCCUGAUAGAUCCGUCGAGUUAAGGCGUUCCCGUCACAAUGUGAAGUCUUCACCUAAUCUGAUUCAAAGCUCAUCUGUAGUCUCACUUGAAGAUUCAAGUCAGGAAUCAGAGAGUUCCGAAGCGGGUGGAGGAGAGAAUGCAGAUGUAUAUAUCCCCAUCCAAGUGGUCUACCUUGUUGCUCAAGAUCCGGCCUCUUUCUAUUCCGGUGAAGUGUCCUACUUCGUCUACUGCUGCCUCCUCAUCUAGUUCUCAGUUAGUUCCCUUGGAUUUUGAACCCUGUCUAUGGCCUCUAGGAAGAAAAGGGCGCCCUCAAAAUUAUCUUCUCCCUCUCCUAAAAUUCCCAAGUGUUCUUUUGCAGAGGUGACAAAGACCUCUACCUUGCCUUCUGGGAUACCUAAAGCUGAAUUCGGCCCUGUUCCAUUGAAGAUGAUUGCAUCCUUCUCCUCUGAUUUCUGCUGCCUGAAAGAUGCUUUGUUGAUGAAGGACGAGAUGUCGUAGGUUCUGCUUCCAUCAUCUUCUGCUGCUUUUCAGGGUUUGUCUCCCACUGGCUUGGCGCUGGCUUCAUCCGCUUUUACUUUCCAGGUCUUUUACUUUAUAUUGUUAAUCUAUCUUGGCAACUAAUGGUAGUCUAUACCUGGUAGUGAUGUUGUGGAAAUCGAGUUCGGCUCGACUCGGUAAAGCUCGGACUCGACUCGUUUAUUCCAGGAAACGAGUCGAGCUCGAACUCACUGUUUUACUCGAUAAGAUUAACGAGCCGAGCCGGCUCGAUUCGAAAAACCCGAUAAGGCUCGUGACAAGGCUCGUGAGAUGGGUACAUUGCCAUUCUAUCAGAUAUUAGGUUUAGCCGUUUAGGCCCAUUAGUGCUGACUGAACAUGUGUUGUAGACUUGUAGUUAAUAAGUGAGUUUUCAAGUUCGAGUUGUCAAGCUUGAGCUGUAAAUAGGUUUAACGAACCGAGUUCGAGCUCAAAUAUAGAAUCGAAUUUUUAACGAGCCGAGCUCGAGCCAGGCUCGAAAAAUGUGCGUGUCGAGUUCGAAUUUGUGAUACUCGGGCUCGGCUCGAAUAACAACACUAAUACCUGGUAUGUUGAUUGAACCCAUUUUAAUUUACAGAGCACACAAGCUAACAACGUCAGCUUAAGAGAAGUACCAUAUGUAGCCACUUAAGAGAAGUACCAUCUGUAAGCACAAAAAUCUCAGAAAUUAGUCAUCACACCCUUUUUUCAUCACAGAUAGUGCACUGCUUUACUCAGGCUAAAUAUGCAUCACAAGGUUCACAAAUUACACAUAUAAUUCAGUUCCAUUCAUCACAGAUGGGACAUCAUUUAACUCAGCCUUAAUCUACACCAGUAAACGUGUUUAUGUAAUCAACAACUUUGAUUCAUCAAUGGCGGGAGUAAAGUAAUAUCACGCCGAAUCAACAGAACAACUCACAAUUUUAACUUAUGCCUCAGAACAGACUCAUCACAGGCAAGACAUAAGAAAAAUAAUGCCACAGAACCUCAGAAAUUAGUCAUGACAAGGUUUUUGCAUCACAGACAGUGCACUGAUUUACUCAGGGUAAAGAUGCAUCACAAGCUAAGGUUCACAAAUUACACAUAAUUCAGUUCCAUUCAUCACAAGCGGGACAUCAUUUAACUCAGCCUUAAUUAAUAAGCAUCUACACCAUUAAAAGUGUUUAUGUAAGCCACAACUUUGGUUCAUCAAUGGAGGGAGUAAAGUAAUAUCACGCCGAAUCAACAGAACAGCUCACAAUUUUAACUUAUGCCUCAGAACAGACUCAUCACAGGCAAGACAUGAGAAAAAUAAUGCCACACAACCUCAGAAAUUAGUCAUCAGUUUUUUAGCACAGACACUGCACUGCUUUUACUCAGCCAAAACAUCACAACGUUUAUUAAUCACACACAGUACACGAGUAAAAUGAGUACCGAUCAGCAGCAGAAAGUUCAAAGAUCACAGACACUACACCGAUGAAUACAGGUCAAAUAAGCAUCACAAAGUUCUUACUCCUACAUUACAGUAGAACCUCAAACAAACCUGCUACACACGGUAGACAACAAAGAAAUGAAAUUAGGCAGUAAGAACUCCCCUAUGACAACCAGUCAUCAACGUCAGCCGUAGCGACAGGGGUUGGCGUCGCUUCCCUUAGCUUUUGGAACAGACCUCCAUGCAACGGUAGUCGAGGUGCUCAAGGCCGUCUUCACUAUCAGGUGCAAUCAGCCCCUCGUAACGUUUCCUCCCUUUCCAAGUCAGAUUAGUAUCGUCGGGAUGGAGAUAGGUACCAUUAUGGAGAAAGACAUCCUUCGGAAUCAAAUAGGAAUUCCCAGCCACCGUCAAUGGGAGGGGCAAGUGAAGUGAAAUCCCCAGAGUGAAGGAUAUCGACGGCCGGAGAUUUAAUAAGGUCUGCCUCUGAGUGCGACGCUAGGAGUGCGACGCUAGGAGUGCGCCAUGGUCGCCAGCUGCAGAUGGAGUGGAGACCUUUGUUUUUCCGGAUUCCAUGAGAGCUCAAAGGUUCAGGCAAGUGUAAGAAGGCGGAAGGGUUGAAAAUGGAGAGAUGAAGGCUACGUUCGACAGACUUUUUCAGGUGAUAAUCGGUUGAAAAUUUCCAAAUUAAGCUAAUUACAAUAUCAUUAAACUUGUUUGGCAGAAAGGCUUAUAUGUGCUUGAACUGAAAUUGUAUGACUAAAAUCAAACGUUUACAACAGAAGUGUUUCAUUCAGCCCAUGGAAAGAAGACUUCCGCGUUCCAAGAAUAUCCCUGACUGACCCAACCUGGAUUCACGUCUCACACAGCUUCAAAAACUCAUUUUGUCAUUCUCUCACCUAGAGCAUAUAUGCUCCCUUACAAAGCAAUUUUACCGGGGUGUUUUUGUGGUUCAUGCGGAAAGCUCACAGGGAGUCAGGGAUCAAUAUGGGGGAGCAGGUUGACGGUAGCAGAAUUACUCCCAAAAUAAUUUAGUUUGAGAUGUGUAGACGUAGUAUUAUAGUUUGAGUAUGUACUAAAAUUUUAAAAGGCUGAAAAUAUUAAAAAUGUUAUAAUAAAUAAUUUAUUCUAUUAAUAAAUUAUAUACCCUUAAAGGUAAUUUCAUAUUAUCCCAACACUUUUUCAGCUCUCUUUGCCAAACGGGUCUACUCUAUUCAACUAGUGUUUCAGAUUCAGCACUUCAAAAUUCAGCUUCAGACAAUUGCCUCUAGUUCAGACAAUAGUAUCUAAUUUAGACAUUAGCCUCCAGCUUCAGCUCGUCGUGCCGAACAUAGCCGGAGUAGGCUAAUAGGUAGGGUUACGAGUUAAGAAUGGCAAUUUGGACUGCAAGUAAGGUAUGAUGACUGGACCGAGAACUGAUGGGCAUUUGGACACAUUAGGUUUUGAAUUUCAAAAUUAAGGGUAAAAAUGAUAAUUCAGAACCUAUAAUUGAGGGUAGAAUAGAGAUAUUGGUGUAUUUUUAUUUCCGUUUUUAGAAAUGGAAAGAUUUUUUUGUUACGGAAGAAAAAGGAAAGUUGGAAGAUUUUUUUGAUAUGGAGAGAGUAUUUCUUUUGCAACGUCGUUAACUAUGAUUAGUACUAAUAAAAAAAAUUAUUAUUAAUAAUAAAAAACCUGUUCGGUUCGGUCCAAACCAAUAAUUUGAGUCUACAACCCGAUUCCAAACCGUUUUUUACCAGUCCCGAUUUUCGGGUCCCAAAUAUUAUCGGUUCGGUUCGGUUUUUUCAAUGCGAUUCGGUUACUUUCGGUUCAUUUUUCGGUUCGAUAUGCUAGCUUUAGUUGUUUUACAACCCAUCGUAUAGGUAUAUAUAGGGGCAGAAGGGAGUGUGUAAUCAAGCAAACAUUAUAUACAUUGUGGGUAUUAUCCGAUGGUUAUUUCGUUCUCAAUCUCUUUUUUGAGAUUUUGUAGUACAGACAUUUAUUGUUGCGUGCUAGCCCGAUCAAGCAAAAGGGAUAUAGUUUUUAAAAUUCGAAUAAACCCAUAUACAAAUUGUUAAUACAAUACAAUACUACGUACAUUAAAUGAGAUAUUUUAAAG